CUGGGUGGACACAUCGCUUCCAAAUUCGCUCGAAUUUUUUUCCAAAAAAUGGAGUUUCAUAUUUACUACCGUGGUUCACUGCAAGCUUGGACGAAAGUUAUCGCAAUUUUGCAAAUUAUUUUGGCUGCAAUUUCUCUCUACGUUGGCGUCAGUGUUCUCUUUUCUGGUGGUCGUAUGGCGCUCGCCCAGGUAACUUUCCCCCUCAACGGAACCACGCCGAGUGAUACCCUGCCUCCAACAACCGAUUCCUUGGACCAUUUCAAUUCUGUCCAGCACCAAGCCGUGCGAGACUUGGAACAGAAUUUGACUAAACUUUCAAACAGAGUCGGUGCGAUAUUAAUCGAGGUCGGCAUUUACAUGAUUCUAGUUCGAGUCGUCACCUUGGUCUUGUCCGUAAUUUUGUUUCACGGGGUAGCAAACCGAAUCGCUGACAUGUGUCGACCCUGGCUCAUCGCUCAAGCCAUCUUUCUCUUGCUGGCGACCGUCUUAUUUUUCGUGGGAUUGACAUUCUCCACCUCUGACGAGUGUACCAAUUAUGCUGGAGCUGCUGGGCUUAUCAACAACGCGUACUGCAUGUGGGUGGUGUACGCCUUCAUAAAUGAGUUGCGGGAGGAGGAAGAAGCCAAGCGGCUUGGGAAGGAAAAUCAUGAAAAAAGGUUGUAAUUUUGUGCAUUUUCAUCUUUAAAAGGGAAAUUUGCAGCAAUUUAUCCUGAACUAAUGAGAGAUAAGCAAAUUUUUAAUAAAAUUUUUAUAUAAAGUUAAAUAAAGUUUGAGGCACGAUUUAUGUAAAUGAUUUGCAUCCAAUGUCAACUAGAUUUACAUAGGGAUGUACAUAUGUACAUAUGUAUACGUAUGUAUAUAAAUAUAAUGUUUUUUUAUGUGCAAUUUUUGGUUAGACUAAUUUGUUGCUCAUUACUUACAUACUACGAUUUCAAUGCUAGCUACAUAAAUAUAGUCAAAUUCUUAAAUUUCAAAAUUUGAAAUUUUUAAUAAAAUCCAGUUAAAUGAGUCAUGGAAAUUCGCACUUUUGUUAAUAAAUUAUGUACAUAUACAUGCAAACUUUGCAUUGCAAAGUGCCUACAUCAUGACAUCAUUUCUAAAUUAUUGCUACUGACAAACAAUCGAUUUAUUUACACGUUUUAAUAAAAAGCUCAUGAAAUUAUAUAUUUUAUUUCGCAGUACUUUAUCAUCCUGUACAAAUGUAUUACAGUAAAUUAUGUAAAUUAUGAUUAGGAAACAUACGUAGAAAACAUGA